AUCAGUGCGAAAGAAAAUGCAAAUACCUCAUCAGUACCAUUAGAUGGCGGUUAUAUGAAGUAUAAUAAUAUAGGCGCGGGAAACUAUGUUGGUAGCUCCCAUUGGGCAGCAGUUCUCAACUCGAUUUCAGAGCUAAAGGGGAAUGUUGAGGAAGAAGACAUCCGUAGUAUUGAGACACAUCCACAAAAUCCAGACUCUUCGAGUUCGCCAGGGCUUCUGUAUGGCUGUCAACGGGCCACAAAAGCUGAGAUACUAUCUAGAAUUCCUCCUCGACGAGCAGCAGACAGGCUUGUAUCCAGGUAUUUGACUCUAGAUAUCCCAUCUGGGAUUUUUCAUCGUGGCCAGUUUCUUACUGAAUAUGAUAAUUUCUGGAAAGAUCCAUCUGGCACUCCAAUUAUGUGGAUUUGUCUACUGUUCACCAUCCUGUGUCUUGGGGAGCUCCAUCAACACUCUCAAACGCCCACGAGCAACACCCCUCAAAUACCAACGUUCGACAGCAGUCCUACUAGUUCUAUGAACGUAUUCAGAGAGAAAAUUGUCCAGUGUCUCAUGUUGGGUAAAUAUACCAAAGGAGGGCCCUACGUGAUUGAGAGUUUGAUACAGUACUCCAUGAUCGAACAUUUCCUUCGCCGGGAUGCGCAGUUCGAAAUUUGGAUCUUGCUUGGGAUGCUUAUUCCCAUCGCUCUUCGCAUGGGACUACACAGGGAUCCCAAGCAUUUUGGUGAGAUACCUGUCUUUGCAGGUGAGAUGCGGCGAAGAGUUUGGGCAACAAUUUUUCAAAUUGACGUUGGUUUCUCGGCGCUAGCCGGAUUGCCUCGUAUGAUCAAACCACAACAGUGUGAUACGGAGGAACCCCGUAAUCUGCUGGACUCCGACUUUGACGAGAAAACUUUGGAGCUUCCGAAGUCACGGCCGGAGUCAGAAUCUACGCCAGUUUUGUUCCUUCUGGCGAAGAACAGAAUAAUCUCUGUUGGGGGCCUUAUUAGUGACUUAGCACAUGAUAUACGGCCUUAUCCUUAUACCGAACUGAUGAGAUUUGAGGAGUUGCUUCAGAAUACUCGAGACUCCCUUCCGGAGAGUCUGCGAUGGCAGCCGCUAUCACAGUCGAUUACAGAAAGCCCGCAGACUAUUAUGCAAAGGGUAUACCUUGAUAUGUUUUUCUACAAAAUGCAGAUUAUCUUGUACAAGAGAUAUUUAUCGGCCUCAAUGACGCAGCCUCAAUAUACCCAUGCGCGAGAAGUUUGCUUGGAUUCAGCAAUAAAGAUUUUGGAGUAUCAACACCUGGUUGAUGAGGAGACGCAACUAGAUGGUCGACUGUCCUCAAUUGGAUGGACAUAUUCUUUAAUCCUCAACAACAACUUUAUGCUUGCCGCCAGCGUUCUAUGCUUCUAUAUUAAGCAAUACAGCGGAUAUGACAAGGAUAUUAUUGAUGAGGAGACAUUUCAGAAGAUCCAAGCACUUUUGAGAAAGUCGCAUGACAUCUGGCUCCGCUCUAGCUCUGUAUCGAAUGAAGCCCAGAAGGCGGUUAAAUCACUGGGUAUAAUUCUUGGAAUUUGCUCUAGCGAGGAUGGAGAAAUUGCCAACCAAUUGUUUGGAGACUCAGAAGACUUUUUUGCCCAAUCAACAAUCCAGCUGGUUGGCCUGUCUAUCAAGAACUUAACUCACCGCAGAUUAUUUACCAUGCUCCAACCUGGCCGUCUUUUACAACGAUUGAAUAAGGGGCUCAUAUCAUCCUUUCAAACACCAAAUAUAACAAACUCAGCUCACGCAUUGUAACA